AUGUUCUGCCGUGUUACUGUUGUCGCUUUAUUGUUGGCCGUUUCGGCAUAUGCUGGAUUUUUCGAUGACGUCAGCGGUGAGUUUUUUUUUCCAAAAAGGUCGAUCGGCUUUAUCUUUUCGCUGUUCGAAUUCCGAUGGUAG